AUGGCCAUCGACAAGAAACAGACAGCCCUGGCCUGUCAGAAAUGCCGCACGCCCAUAGACAUCGACGCCUCCAUCGACCAGCUCAACCCGGCUGCCUUUAAGCUGUUGACUGACUCGACAGUAUCAGGCCAACAGCCAGCAUCACGCAUAUCCCCCAACCGCCAGUCGCGCCCUCCGAACCCGCCCGAACACCUCAAGACAUAUCAAGAUGCAACCAAAGACGCCAGGAACCCGACCUUCAAGCGCAACAUCCAAGGCGCACCGCCCUCAGGACCCUCAAAUGGCCCUCAGAACCCCGCCAUGUCCUUCAUCGACGUACACAUGUCCGAGUCGAUGAUAGACCCACCCUCUGCGGCUGUCCGUAGUCCCGAUCGGAAAUCACAAGCAGGCGAGACGAAGCCGAAUGCGAAUGACAAGACACGAAGGAAGAGCUUCUCAAAUGGACUGGGCAUACAGGGAGGUGCGAGUCUGUCCGAUACACUGGAAACAACAAACCGCAUGUUCGAGAUACUAUCAGCACGCUCCGACGUCGACCACCCCAUAUGCGUAGAAUGUACCGAGCUGCUCAUCGAGGGCCUGCAGAAGCGCCUAGGCGUCGCCACCCGCGAACGCGACGCAUACGUCGACUACCUGCGCCGCGCCAACACCGACGUGCCCAGCGCCGAAGAAGUCAAAGCCGCCGAAGCCGCCCUCAAAGCAGCCAAGAAAGCCGAAAGCACCGCCAUCACGCAGCUCGAGAGCCUCGAAGCCGAAAAGGCCGAACUAGACGCCCAGCUCGCCGCCCUAGAAGUCGAGAGUCGGAUCCUCGACCAAGAAGAAAGCGAGUUCUGGAAGAGCAGAAACGCCUUCAACACCACCCUGACCACUAUCCAAAAUGACCGCGACGCUCUAGCCACGCGAUACGCGCACGAUGCGCAAAUUCUGAAUCAGCUACAAAGAAGAAGUGUAUACAACGACACCUUCAACAUAACCCACGACAACCACUUCGCCACCAUCAACGGCCUCCGCCUCGGCCGCCUGCCAAACCCGUACGUCGACUGGCCCGAAAUCAACGCUGCAUGGGGUCAAACCUGCCUCCUCCUCGCCACACUAGCCGACCGACUAAACUACAAGUUCGACGGCUACGAACUCUGUCCCAUGGGCUCUACAUCCACCAUCACGCGUAUCGAAACCAAAGGCGGCACCGGAAACACAGUGUCUGAAUCAACACGCCAACAACCUCAAUCCACAAGCGCCAACUCACCCCAAGUAACAAGACAAAAACUCGAACUUUACUCCUCCGGCGACUUCCCUAUUAACUUUGGGUUUCUACAUAGAAAGUUCGAUACGGCUAUGGUGGCGUUUCUGGAAUGUCUGCGGCAAUUGGGCGAGUUUGUGGAGAACUCUGCUGCUGCGCCGUCGCACGUUGUAGGUGGUGUUGGUGCAGGUAUAGCAGCGCCUGGAGGUGGGCCACCAGGAGGCGUCAAGAUGCCGUAUGAGAUACAGAAAGAUCGCAUUCAUGAUCAGAGUAUCAAGUUGGCGUUGAAUAAGGAUGAGGGAUGGACGAAGGCGUGCAAGUAUACGUUGACGUGUUGUAAGUAUCUGCUUGCGCAUGCGAAUAACGUGGAGAGUUUGGGGGCGAGGCGGCGGUAG